GCCGGCCAUCCCGUCUGGAUGGACUUCCCAACUCUUUGCAACUCUUCUUGCUACAGCACCUCAGCCUCAGCUACGAAACCGUUUGCAGCAACAGCACGUUUACGACUGCUACAUAUAGCUACUCCCAACCUUUUACCUGUCAAACGCUCGGACCUCUCCAUAUCGAAGAAACGAACCUCAACCGCUAGCUACCGCCGUAUAAGACUUCCACCAAGUCUUUUACUCCGACAAAACUCAAACGCCAGUCCCACACCUUCGCAUCAACCCUCCCGAAAAUGCCUUUCCUCAAGCUUAACAACAAGCUCCGCACCCCGUCCUCUCCCACGGACAGGAGGAAGAGCGCACCGAUCAUCGUCCUCUCUCCCCCACCGAAGGAGGACGUCAAGGAUGGUAGCUACGUGUACGCGUUCGAGACCGAGACCGAAGGCGCCGGCAACGAGGAGGACGUGAAGAAAAUGAGACGCCACACCUCACCUCCGACUAGCCCGACCCAGGCACCGGCUUUGGAAGAAGACAUGUUCUCCAACAGCGUUAGUGUCGUCAACACCCCCACCGAGGAGGUGGACAUGGACAUGGACAUGGAUACGCGUUGGAGCUUCGAGGCCGGUGAUGAGCGGUCUGCGACAUGCACCCCCAAACCCGCUCCCGUGUCGCCGGCUAUGUCAUCCCCUACCAGCCCUGGUCGAGCCCUCCUCGGUAGGGCACAAGGACAAGAGGAGAAACCGCCGGUCCCACCGAAGAAGGAUUGGGAUUCUGGGUAUGUCCCCACGCGUGUUAACACUCCCAGAUCCAUCGACUCAAAUUCCCCCACCCCCAGGGCUACACCGAAGCCUGAAGACCAUGGUGCGAGGCCAGGGCAGCAUUCGAGGUCUGUGUCGGAUGUCUCUGUAGCGUCUGACUCCUCUAUGCUCCCCGGUGAGAGUGAGGAGAGGGGAUCUCUUGGUCUCGCCGCCCUAGCCAGCCCGAGGGUGCAGAGAGAGACUGAAGGGCAACCACCGGUGAUGAGGAGGCCGCUGGGAAAAGUCAUGACUGAGGCGGAGUUUAAGAGGUAUUCGGCUGCUAUCCUCGCUGAACCAUGUUCCUCUGAUUCCGAGUCCGAGUCCGAGUCUGAGUCUGAGGUUGGGUCGGAUGUGGAAGAUGAGAAGGAGAAGGAGAAGGAGAAGGAGAAGGAGAAGGAGAAGGAGAAGGAGAAGGAGAGGGAGGCGGAGAAGAAGGUUGAGGAGGAGAGGGAGAGGCGGGCGGCGAGGUUGGCGGUGUACAGGGCGAGCAUGGUCAAAACCCUUCCCGGCUCCACCUCCGCCUCCCAUGCACCCUCGAGGCGUCCAAGUCCGGCUCCGGUUGCUAUCACCGCACCAACACCCGGGGCCAUCGCCUCGAAGCCCAGCCUUGUUACUGUCGCUACCACCAAGCGCGGUUCUGUGUUCGUGUCCGAGAGUGAUUCCUCCGACUCGGAGGAAGACAUCCCGCUCAACGUACUUGCCGCGCAUGGGUUCCCGAGACGUGGUGUUCGUGUGCCGGGGACUAAGACCCUCAAGUUCGCUGCCUCUAACGCUGUCGCCGCCAAGGUGAAGGCGCAGAAGGCGCCGGAAUGGUUUGGGGCGGACGUCACUCGACGCCGGACUCCCGUUCCCGCGGAGGCAAAGGCUGGUCAGGGCAAGGAUGGUGAUGGGAAGGAUACGAGCCCGGCGAGUUCCUACUCUAAGAUUGGGAUCAAGACGGGGGGGUGGGUUAACCGACAGAGCAUGGAUCUCGACUCGAAUGUCGGAAUUGCUGCCUACGGUGCCUCCUCCAAGCGUGCAUCCGUCGCUAAGACCGUGGAGGUGAGGGAAAUGAGGGGGCCCAAGGAGGAGGAGAAGGAGGAAGACGAAAUCGACCGCAUGGUCCGCCGUGAACGGGAACGCCGCGACAAAAUCGAAGCCAUGCACGCUAUCCCUCCCGCCAGCCUCGCCGGACUUAGCGUUCCCCCCUUCGCUCCCCCGCUUUCUCUCGCUCCUCGUAUAGGCAGACCGGGGAGUGUCGCCAGUUUCGGGUCUAACCGCGCUGUGUUUGGAGGUGUCGCUGGUCGCCUCGGGCUGCAUUGGCAGAGUGGGUUAAGGCAGAGCUUUGUCCCGGGCGUUGGAGCACCCCAGGGGCAGGUUGAGUAUCAGCAGAUGAUGGUGCCGGUGCCAGUCGGGCAGGCAGCGAUGAUGGGAAUGGGGCUGCCGCAGAUGCCUAUGCAAAUGCCCAUGCAGAUGCAGAUGGGGAUGAUGGGUAUGCACAUGGGGAUGCCUAUGUCGCCGAUGGGGAUGAUGGCGCCGGGGUAUGGAGGAUAUGGAGGCUAUGGUGCCCCGCCGCAGAUGAUGAUGAGAAGUCCAGCUGAGGUGCACGGCAUCAAAACGCCGAAGGCCGCCGGUGCGGCGACCCCAACUAGACCGACUAUGCAGGCCAAUGGAUCUUCUACCUCGCUCCCUCACCGCAAAAGCGUUGUACCCGCGCCUAGGCCCGGGUCCAGGGUUGGGAGUGUUUACGGCGCCAGUGGAAUCGGUGCCGGGAGUCAGAGUUCGUUGAACCUCGCAGUCCCUGGCCAGGGACAAGCCCAGCAGAGGAGAUCCUACGCACCCAGCGUCGCCGGAUCAGUCUCGAGCGUCCGUACUGGUGCUGGGGCGAGGCGGGUUAGUGCUAUCCCGGUGGGUGGGCUGUACACCAUCGAUGCAAAUGGGCGUGCGUCGCAGACGUUGCUCGUUCCCUCUGCUGCCGCGGCUGGGUCGAGGUCUCCGUCGAGGGUUAGUAUGGCUCCGUCUGGUGCUGGUGAUGGCAUGAACAAGCCUGCGCCGUUUUAUGCGAUCGCUGGGGACGUGAAGAAGGAUGGUACUUCCACUCCCAUCCCUGGUCGCUACAGGCGUGCGAAUCGUGCAUCACCCAACACCACCCCCGCGCCCGAGCCCAAAACUCCAGAGCAGAUUGCUGCAGAGGAGGAAGAGGAGAGGAAGGGGUGGGAGGCGUUGAUCAAGUUACGCGAGGACAGGAAAAAGAAGGUUUUGGAAAAGCAGCGGGAGGAGCAGGAAGUGGAGGCUGCGAAGAUUGAGAGCACGAAGGAGCUUAGUGUUGGUGCUUGA